CUUCUGAAGAAAGACGCAUUUUUGUUACUCGUCUAAACCUUAAGGGGAGUUUUUAGCUUUUGGUCAGCGAGUGGUUCCUGGAAAACAUCUGAAUCGUUUUAUAACCAAACACAGCUGCCGUGCCAGUGUAUGUGUGUGUGCGUGACAGUGUGUAUGCGUGUGUUCAUCCGUAUGUGGAAGAGGGAGAGAGAGUGAGGGUAUCUGUUUGCUUCCCUUUCCAAAACGGAAAGAAAGAAAAAAGUUUGGAAGUCUUUUUCUCCCAGUAACUUUUUUAGGCAUGAACGCCGAGACGUGCGUCUCAUACUGCGAUAUGACAUCCAUGGAUUCAUAUUAUAGCCCCUCUGCACCGCAAGGUAGGGAUCAUCCGACGAACCCGUUUAGGACAUUCCAAGUAAGUGACACCAAAUACAGCCCCACUUUCCUGCCAAACAAAGGUCAGGCUUACGGAGAAAAGUCUCGGAGCCCAUUCCAACAGGAGUGUCAGUCAUUGGAUGUCACCACUGGGGAAGGCACCUUUAACAAAUACCACCUCUUCAUGCAGAGGUCUUCUUGCAAAACCCCCCCCGAAGGAGGCAAACUGCACCAAGAAAGCGGACACAACGGAGCGCCCAUUCCCUGCUAUGGUAAAGACAGCUCAGGACUGACAGACUCUGACCUGACCCCGAACUCUGACCCCUCUGGUAUGGACGGCAGCUACCUGAGUGUGAAGGAUCAAGGCGUGAAGGGCCCCUCGGACCGACCAGGCUCGGACAUGGCCGGCCCCAUGGACAAGGGCGAGGGUGAGAGCAACAAGGGCAAGAAGAGGCGUAACCGCACCACCUUCACCAGCUACCAACUGGAGGAGCUGGAGAAGGUCUUCCAGAAGACCCACUACCCAGAUGUGUACGCCCGCGAGCAGCUGGCCCUCCGGACUGACCUGACUGAGGCCCGGGUACAGGUGUGGUUCCAGAAUCGCCGAGCCAAAUGGAGGAAGAGGGAGCGCUUUGGUCAGAUGCAGCAGGUCAGGACACACUUCUCCACGGCAUACGAGCUGCCUCUUCUAGCCAGACCUGAGAACUAUGCACAGAUACAGAACCCAUCAUGGAUUGGUGGCGGCAGCGGAGCGUCUCCUGUACCAGGCUGUGUAGUGCCCUGUGACUCAGUCACAUCCUGUAUGACCCCUCACCCUCACUCCGGCAGCGGCGUAUCUGACUUCCUGGGCGUCCCGAACCCUGGGGGUCACAUGGGACAGACACACAUGGGCAGCCUGUUUGGGGGUCCUGGCAUGGUGUCAGGGAUCAACGGGUACGAUCUGAACAGCAUGGACCCAGACCGCAAGUCCUCCAGCAUCGCCGCCUUGCGUAUGAAGGCCAAGGAGCACAGUGCAGCCAUCUCCUGGGCAACAUGAUGCCUCAACAGCAGCAGGACAGGGGCUUCUGGGAACCCCACCACGUCCAAACCAAGCCAAAGCAGAGAGGGGGGCCAGUCUGUGCUACUAUAACAGAAAUAUUGAUAAUCAAAAAUAAUAAUGAUGAUAAAAGCCAUAAAAGCCAUAGCAAAUUGCUGAAGAGGAGAGAAAAGAGACUAACAAAUCUGGACAGUGAACUUCUUUACUUUGUGUCUCUGAUGGGAGAGACCAGUGGACAUCAGAGAUGAACAACAGUCAGUCAGUCAGUCAGGUAGUCAGUCAGUCAGGUAGUCAGGUAGUCAAAGCUUGAGGUAAGAAGCAGGAAAUCAAGAAUCAGACCUAUCUUUAAAGAGACAAAUGAAUUGGUUGCUUGUUGGAAACAAUGUGCUGGUUAUACAGUAGCUAUAAACUAUAACACAACAAAAAUAACAAAAAAAGCAGAAUAGAUUUGAACCAAUCCCUGCACUUAUUCAGUUAAUACAGGUAAUGCUGUUUGUACAGAUAUUGAGAUGCGUCUGCUAACACACCUGCUAGUGAGAGUCAACAUAGCUUUUUCUGUUCAGGUGUUAUUAUACUUUCUUGUUUUCUGGUAUUUAAAUUUGAAGUGUGUAUUUCUUUAUUCAUUUUGAUCCUGGUUUUGUCCCAGAAUCCCUUGUCCCUUUCUGUCAGACUGUGUGCGAAUGCAACUAACCACAUAAACUGCAAACUGAAAUUCACAUAUUUACAUACAUUCGGCCUGAUUUGGGUCUGUGUAUACAUUUGGGUUUCCUAAGGUCAUUUUGGUCAGCUUCACUUCAAGGAGAGGGGUGUAGGUAACGGUCAAGCCCAAUGCCAAUCCAUCUCCGUCAGACUAACUGAAAGAAUGCUGAUAAAAUCAGUCAUGUUCUUCAGUUUGGGAAAGAGGUAAACCAUUUCAAAAGUAGCUUACUGUUUCUGGUAUGCAUGGUCAGCACUAGCAUAGUUUAGGUUGGUGCUACCUUCCAACAUUUAAAUGUCAGAUAUCAAUCCAGGUUUGUUUAAGUGCGGGCAGAAGGAGAGCCCUACUUGCACCGCUGAUGGACCGUCACUGAGCCAGAGAUGGACGGGGAUGAGGAAGUGGUGUGUGUGAGUAUGAGAGAGAGGCACAGCAGGCCUGCUGGGCCUACAGGUCUGAGAGCACCAGACAGGCUCAGCUCUGUUUGCAGGAGGAGAUUCAAAGUGGACAUGCCAUUUCCUCCCUUGGCAUUUCCUCACCUCACAUUUCCACCUAGGGAGUUACAGGAAAAGUGCCCUCCAGUCCCAUUGCCAGAGAUAACACCCAGCGGCAGCCUUGAACAGCAGAGAGGCCGUGUAGAUUAUACAGUUAUUGAGGGGGAUAAUAAAAUGCUGACUAACGCCAUCAAUGUUGACCACUGUCUCUUUUCAUGCAAAGCACCCCCCCCCCCAGGCAACAACCGGAUCCCCUGUCCCUUCACCUCAGUGUGGACAUGGAACAAUGCGGGAGGCAAACUGGCAUCCGUGCUUUCGAUGGCUCCAUGUCACGAUUUGUGGAGGUGACAGAAAUACUAGACGUGUUCCAUCAUCUUAUGCAUUAUGGGCUUUCUGUUUGCCCAAGGCACCCAUUUGGAUCAAGUCAAAACAAAAGGUCUCAUAGAUUUGAAGCCAAAUAUGAUACCCCAUGCACCUUGAGCAGAGAAUCCAUCUCUAAUUCCGUAACACAAGCCUCAUUAUUUCCCCUUUCACUUGGUAGCUCUGCUAGGAUAUAGUGUUAUGUACGAUCCAGGAUGAACUGUCAGCACCUACACUAGGUAGCUCUGCUAGGAUAUAGUGUUAUGUACGAUCCAGGAUGAACUGUCAACAUCUACAAACAGUGGAUCAGAAACCCUUUCCAAAUGACAACUCAGAUUGGAUCCAGUUUUACAUGGCAGUUCAAGUCUAAUGCAUGAACAUAAUGCUGACAACAUGGCUUGUCUCUCAGUGGUUGGAGGUGCUCCUCUGAGAUCUGGAGAUGGGGCCCCUGUGCUCUCAUAGGCCGCUCUAAGGGGUUGCUGGGAGGGCGAACGGGCCACGGCGUUCCGGUGUUCUAGGAAAAGGACAGCGCACACAGCUGUGCUCAGGGGAUAAAUGCAAAACAAACAUGCCUCGCACAUGCUUCCCCUCAGCUGUCAUGGCUCCAUUUUCAAAGAAGCCCCCACACUGCACUAGGGCUCUCCCUCUCGCUCCUCUGGCCGAAUGCCUGCCCCUCCGGCACUACGGCCAUACACAGCCGCACAGCCAGGCUGCAGCCUUUUUAAUUAACACUGGGACAUCUGUGGACAGGGAUUCUUUCUGGGAUUGUGUGACAGAACAGACAGAGCCGCCAGUGGCCCUGUGCUUCAGGUUGGCCUAUAGCUGUCCCUGACUAGGGCUUGGGGGGUUUAUAGUGCUGGGUUGGGUGCUUCUCAGAGCUCAAACACACAUGAAGCUCAGGUCGACACAGUUGAUUUGUUUACCGUUUUCGUCAUGUUUUUGAAAACAUUUUAAUUUCUUUAUUUAUAGACAUGUUCUGUUAUCUGCAGUUCUCUAUUGAUUAAAAAGGACAAAACCGAAAGCUCAGUGUUAAAGACUGCAGAAACGUACAAGCCCAUAUGAAGCCUUCUUGGAUGAAUCACAGAUUAUUAUGUAAAUGUUCACUUUUUCAUCUACCCUAAUCGAGGCACAGCUUGCCUUAGGGCCUUAACUGAUCAGAUAUGCAGAAUUUAAGUCGUUGAGAAACAGCUUGUAUAUCAGCUCAUCCUGUUGUAGCCUGCAGGGGUCCCAGUCUGUCCCUCGGUGAUGAUGUCACCUUUCACACCACCCCUAUCAUUUCUAAUACUACUGAAGCAGGGCAAUAAAAAGAAGUAAAUACUUAUAAUAUAAAACUGUGUGUUGUGUGUGCAUGUAAAAACAAUUUUUGUAUGUAAAUUGGACUGAUUUACAGUAAUUUACAAAGACCCUUGAAAUGUUACUAAUUUGAUGUAAAGUUUUGCGUUAUCUUUGUGAGAUACUUGUGGGUUGGUUUUUGAGUGAUCCUUCUGAAGGGGGUGGGUGUUCUUGGUUUGUUGAGUUUCCAAGUAUUUUGAAAGGUUUUUGUGGCUUUAAGCUAUAUUGUACGGCUUUUUAAUUAAUGAUGGUAUACUUUUACUUGUGUUCAUGUUCUCAUAUAUAUUUGUGUGAGUUACUAUAGUACAGUAAGUUAUUGCACUUACAUAAUAUUUUAAAAAAUUGUUUUACAAGCAUUGAGAGCAACACGGUUGUUCAUCACAUACUUAUUUUUUAAAACAGAAUCAACUACAAUUUUUAUGGAUAAUUGAAGUGCAGCUUCAAUUGUCACGAAUGAUUUCAUAUAGUUCCCGCCAAUUCUUUAAAGGUCCAGUGCAAGUCCAAAACGUGAUUUCCCUGGUUUUACAUAUAUUUCCUGAUGAGGUUGGAAUAAUACUGUAAAGUAGUGAAAAUGAUAAUUGCCUUUUAAUGCGAGAGCAGUUUGAAAAGACCGCCUGAAAUUUCAGCCUGUUUUGGUGGGAUGGAGUUUUGGCCUGCCUGGUAUAAAAUGAGAAAAGAAAGAGAGCUCCAACCCGCUCUGCCAAUUUCAGCUGAUGUUUAGUUCUCCCCAUUCAGACCACUCCCAGACAGUCUGGCAAAAUUCUUGCUUGAGAAAGUGCUCUUUGCUAAGAAGUUGUUUCUUUUUGACCAUUUAUAUUGAAAUCAUAUUAAGAAACUUCAUUGCUGCCCUGAAAUUAUUCUAUAUCGAGAUUAAAAAGGCUGCAUUGGACCUUUAAACAAACAAUAAAACACAUUUAGUCAGAGGUCAGAGCUCAAUAUUUCAAAAAUGUUCUAUGCGGUUGUGGGAAUGAUGCUACUGCAGAAGGAUUCCUAUUAUCACGGAAAGGUCCUACAUUUAAAGACUGGGGAUGUUUUUAGGAUGGCAAGACUCUCAGAGGAGUCAUUAAGAGUAGCAGUUUUUACAAUAUCCUCAGCAAUGGGUAACAUCGGACGAUAAUAACGUGUGUGAUUUUGGUGACUCUGGUGUUGUUCUGUUUAUACUGAUGUCUAUAUAAUUAGGAUGGAGGGGUGGGAGGGCCAUCAAUAAAAAUCUAGAGGGUUCCAAAAAAAGAAGCACAUGCAUCUUCUUGCAUUACAUAUUUACCUCAUGUUUCAUGACUGCAUCAGUUGCAGUGACAGCCUAAAAUCCCUCUGCAUUUCAGACUUGAGGGCUGAAAUGAGAUCGCACAACCCCCAAGAAUGUCACGCUAAUUGAAGUCGACAAAAAUACUAACAGCGUUCUUUUGAACUGCUGACAUUGUACAGGGUGGAUUAGGGAGCGUAUAUUAACAGGUGACAGGCGAGGCUGAACAGUGGUGCUGCACACAGCCUGGCUGUCACAACAGCCCUGGUCAGACUUGGGCUUUCACCAAAUCAGAAUGGAGGACGGAGAGCGUGACAGACAGAGGCCUGCUACUGCUGCCUGUGUAUGAGAAAACCACUCCAUUAAACAUGCAUAUAUCGUCUUCCACGUCUAGAACACUUCCGAUGACAACUUUUUUCAAGCACUAAUCAACUUCCCCUGUUCUCCAGUAGCUGAAUUUCCUCUUCACUUUAGUUUGCACAAUUCAUGCACCUUGGUUGGAGUCCGGCAGCGCCGUUGUUCCUUUCUCUAAUCACAGGCAAAUAAAAUGGCCAUGAAAAACA